GAGUGAGAGAGAGAGAGAGAGAGAGAGAGAGAGAGAGAGAGAGACUGUCUGUUUUCCUUAAACAUUAUCAACUGAAACCAGUGGGAUAUGAAGCUACAAGCUACAUAUUCCUCCGUAUACAGCGCUCUCAAUUGGUGGAAACAAGUCAGGUGACGUUGUCAUAUUGUCUUUCCUUGAGCCAAGCCUUGGCUAUAACACGGGUGGCGCGUCUUAACCGUAGUCUAGAAAUUAAAAUUACUGAAAUCCUACUGAACUAAAAAAAAAAAAAAAAGAGUUUGCAAAGCAGGAAGGGGACACCCGCUUGAGUAUAUGGGUGAGGAACCUGGACACUUAGGCGCACACUUAGGGAACGUGAGAGACUAAGCAAGUGGUCCUGAAAAGUGAAAAGGCAGUGUUGAUGAGAGGGCGAUAGGGGAAGGCAUGAAUUCGUAUUUCGCGAACCCGUCACUCUCCUGUCACUUAUCCGGUGGCCAAGAGGUUUUGCCUAACAUGCCGCUAAAUACGACCACGUACGAUCCUGUCAGACAUUUCUCGUCUUACGGCUCCACUGUGACCCAGAACCGGAUUUACGCGUCCCCCUUCUACUCGCCCCAAGACAAUGUUGUGUUCGGGUCAAGCCGGGGACCGUACGAGUAUGGAUCUAACGUGUUCCUUCAAGACAAGGAAGUGCUUCCCAGCUGCAGACAAACUAGCAUUGGAAUCAACGCUCAAAGCCACGUAGCGCAGGAGUACAGCCUGGAGCACGGUCGAGGCGUUGCGCAGGAGCAAAAAGGGAGCCAGAUUCAGAUCUAUCCGUGGAUGCAGCGCAUGAACUCGCACAGCGGAGUUGGAUACGGCUCUGACAGAAGGAGAGGUCGACAGAUUUACUCCCGAUACCAAACACUGGAGCUUGAAAAAGAGUUCCACUUCAAUCGCUACUUGACCAGACGCAGACGGAUAGAGAUUGCCAAUGCACUUUGUUUAACUGAGCGCCAAAUCAAAAUUUGGUUCCAGAACCGCCGCAUGAAAUGGAAGAAAGAAACCAACCUGACUUCGACUGUAACUGGUACAGAUUCGACGGGUUCUGCCCAGGGGGAAGAAAAACAGAACAAUCAGGAGGAGACAGAAGAAGAAGUGAAAAACAAAGACUAGUAGUUUUCCCAUUUGUAAACGCCUGUUACACUGCAACGUAACUACCUAUAAACUAUCUGAAAUGCAAAUAUAACUGCAUGGACUGUAUUCUGAUAUACAUUUACACUUAUUUCCUGAUCAUAUUAUCACGUGCAGUGAGAGCUAGAGAGAGAGAGAGAGAGAGAGAGAGAGAGAGAGAGGAGAUAGAGAGAGAAUAGAAAGGUGAUAUGCAGAAUUAUGUCAAUCACACUUUGUAUUAAUUACGUUUUGCCCCAUUUUGGGCAGCUUACAUGCAAUAUGACAUACGCUGUUGUUUGGCCACAAGUCUUACUAGUAUAGUGUUGUGCAGGCUUAUAAAUAGUUAUACUUAUGAAAAAUGUAAACAAAUUGGGUCAAUGGGCAUUCUCAUUGAAUACUACCAGUACUAUUACCAUUCCAAAUGUGAAGGAAAUGUAAUCUAUGCACAUGGGUUAUUUUGUUCUUGUUCAGUUAACACCAACACCGGUGGGAUCCAUGCUACCUACGUUCGUAUGAAUUUUAAUAACUGAAUCCAGUCAGUGCGCGGAUUUACAAAUCGCCUCUAUAAUAAUGGCAAAAUAUUUCAUUAUAUUGUUCAGCUGAUUUCAAUUGAAUUCAAACCUACACGUUUUGUCAUGCUUUUAAAGUUGUCUUUGAGUGAAUAAAAUCCACAAUGAAAAUGAAGACGUUCAUUGUUUUGCAAUUACAUGUGUAAUAUUUUGUCCAAAAUGUGUAUUAUUUAAUAAAU